CGAGAUAUUGGGCAGCCAAGAUGGCGUCUAGCACUCGCCGCCACACUUAACAUGGCGACCAGAGAAAUUUCCUGGAGAAAAUCACGCGAGAGUGGCAUCCCGGCGACUGUCCGCGAAUUGAGCUGGGGGUGUGGAGCAGCCAAGAUGGAGCCGGCAGCCGGCGGUCCCGGCCCGCUGAUGGUGAACAACAAACAGCCGCAGCCGCCGCCACCUCCGCCGCCGGCAACCGCGCAGCCCCCACCCGGGGCGCCGCGGGCGGGCGGGGGCCUUCUGCCCGGGGGGAAAGCCCGAGAGUUUAACCGGAACCAGCGCAAAGACUCGGAGGGUUAUUCUGAGUCUCCAGACCUUGAGUUUGAGUAUGCUGAUACAGACAAGUGGGCUGCAGAGCUGUCAGAGCUUUACAGCUACACAGAAGGUCCAGAAUUUUUGAUGAAUCGGAAAUGCUUUGAGGAGGACUUCCGGAUUCAUGUGACAGACAAGAAGUGGACUGAGUUGGACACCAACCAGCACCGUACCCAUGCCAUGAGGCUCCUGGAUGGCUUGGAAGUCACUGCCAGGGAGAAGCGACUCAAGGUGGCUCGAGCAAUUCUCUAUGUUGCCCAAGGCACCUUUGGGGAGUGCAGCUCGGAGGCAGAGGUGCAGUCCUGGAUGCGCUACAACAUCUUUCUGCUCCUGGAGGUGGGCACGUUCAAUGCUUUAGUGGAGCUUCUGAACAUGGAAAUAGACAACAGUGCAGCCUGCAGCAGUGCUGUGAGGAAGCCUGCCAUCUCCCUGGCUGACAGCACAGACCUGAGGGUCCUGCUCAACAUCAUGUACCUGAUUGUAGAGACUGUUCACCAGGAGUGUGAGGGGGACAAGGCUGAGUGGAGGACAAUGCGACAGACCUUCAGAGCUGAGCUGGGCUCCCCGCUGUACAACAACGAGCCAUUUGCCAUCAUGCUGUUUGGGAUGGUGACCAAAUUUUGCAGUGGCCAUGCCCCUCACUUCCCCAUGAAGAAAGUUCUCCUGCUGCUCUGGAAGACAGUAUUGUGCACGCUGGGUGGCUUUGAGGAGCUGCAGAGCAUGAAGGCUGAGAAGCGCACCAUCCUGGGCCUUCCCCCACUGCCUGAGGACAGCAUCAAAGUGAUCCGCAACAUGAGGGCUGCCUCUCCCCCAGCAUCUGCCUCAGACUUGAUAGAACAGCAACAGAAACGGGGCCGCCGGGAGCACAAGGCUCUGAUAAAGCAGGACAACUUAGAUGCCUUUAAUGAGCGGGACCCCUACAAGGCUGAUGAUUCUCGAGAAGAGGAAGAGGAGAAUGAUGAUGACAACAGUCUGGAGGGGGAGACAUUCCCCCUUGAGCGGGAUGAGGUGAUGCCUCCCCCACUGCAGCACCCCCAGACUGACAGGCUUACCUGCCCAAAGGGGCUCCCAUGGGCUCCCAAGGUCAGAGAGAAAGACAUUGAGAUGUUCCUCGAGUCCAGCCGUAGCAAAUUCAUAGGUUACACUCUAGGCAGUGACACGAACACAGUGGUGGGGCUUCCCAGGCCAAUCCACGAAAGCAUCAAGACUCUGAAACAGCACAAGUACACAUCGAUUGCAGAGGUGCAGGCGCAGAUGGAAGAGGAAUACCUGCGCUCUCCUCUCUCAGGGGGAGAAGAAGAAGUCGAGCAAGUCCCUGCAGAAACCCUCUACCAAGGCUUGCUCCCCAGCCUGCCUCAGUAUAUGAUUGCCCUCCUGAAGAUCCUGCUGGCUGCAGCUCCCACCUCAAAAGCCAAAACAGACUCAAUCAACAUCCUGGCGGACGUCCUGCCUGAGGAGAUGCCCACCACAGUGUUGCAGAGCAUGAAGCUGGGGGUGGAUGUGAACCGCCACAAAGAGGUCAUUGUUAAGGCCAUUUCUGCUGUCCUGCUGCUGCUGCUCAAGCACUUUAAGUUGAACCAUGUCUACCAGUUUGAAUACAUGGCCCAGCAUCUGGUGUUUGCCAACUGCAUCCCUUUGAUCCUAAAGUUCUUCAAUCAAAACAUCAUGUCCUACAUCACUGCCAAGAACAGCAUUUCUGUCCUGGAUUACCCUCACUGUGUGGUGCAUGAGCUGCCAGAGCUGACUGCAGAGAGUCUGGAAGCAGGUGACAAUAACCAGUUUUGUUGGAGGAACCUCUUUUCUUGUAUCAAUCUGCUUCGGAUCUUGAACAAGCUGACAAAAUGGAAGCAUUCGAGGACGAUGAUGCUGGUGGUGUUCAAGUCGGCACCCAUCUUGAAGCGGGCCCUGAAGGUGAAACAAGCCAUGAUGCAGCUCUACGUGCUGAAGCUGCUCAAGGUGCAGACCAAGUACUUGGGGCGGCAGUGGCGGAAGAGCAACAUGAAGACGAUGUCUGCCAUCUACCAGAAGGUGCGGCAUCGGCUGAACGACGACUGGGCGUACGGCAAUGAUCUUGAUGCCCGGCCUUGGGACUUCCAGGCAGAAGAGUGUGCCCUCCGUGCAAACAUCGAACGCUUCAAUGCUCGGCGCUACGACCGGGCCCACAGCAACCCCGACUUCAUGCCGGUGGAUAACUGCCUGCAGAGUGUGCUGGGCCAGCGGGUGGACCUCCCUGAGGACUUCCAGAUGAACUAUGACCUCUGGUUAGAAAGGGAGGUCUUCUCCAAGCCCAUUUCCUGGGAAGAGCUGCUACAGUGAGGCUGGGCAGGGGACUGAAACAGCUGAGUGAUCUCCAGGUACCUGCAGGACUGUCCUGGUCCAUUGCUGCAGUGCUUCCAUCUCCCUCCAGGUGGCAGCACAGCCCCACGGUGUCCUCCACAGCCAGCCCUGGGCUUGUGGGUGGGGCCAGCUUGGCCUCUCUCCUUGGUUCCCAGCGUCCUGCUCAGGAGUAGUCAUUCUCUGCUUGGGAUCCACUCUCCCUUCACUCGCCCCAUUCUCCUCUCUUGGAUGUGGUUGGUUGCAGCUCAUUUCACAAUCAGCUCAAGGCUGGGAAAAACUGGGAUGGGCUGGGAACCCCGUAUUGCAUCUGAAUCUCAGGGGUCAUGCUGACUCCUCUUGACGUACAAAUUCUUGGCUUGUCAGCUUACAGAGGACAAGGGCUUAGGAUUAGGGCCAGGGCCAGAAAGUCAGCAUCUUGGUUUUGCUCUGGGGAUUUUCUGAUGUCAUUCCAGCCUCCUGCUAAGUUUUAUCCAGAAGUAAUUGCAGAGGCUUCUGCAGUUGCCUCAGCACUUUGGUUUUAGACGGGGUUGAGGUAGGAAGAGAAGCUUCCCUUACCAGAGGUGCCAUUUUUCCGCUUGGUUUGCAAGGGCCUGUAAAUAUCUGUAUGUAAAUCUGUGUGUAUUCUCUUGUGUCAUGUGGGGAUUUUUAAUGUGUUUGUGUAUUCUGUUUACAUUAAAAGGAGCAAAAACCA